AAUUAUGAAGCAAAGCGAAGCAAAAGUCUUAUGUAAACGGCCCUUUAUUCAUUGAUACCACAAAAAUGGAUACAAAACUAUAUCAAUGCUGUUGGCAUAAUACUCGCUGCUCUGCCUGAAAAAUAUUGGAAUGAAAAUGAACACCAUGGGUGUUCUAUUUGAUAAAUAUUGUUUUCAAAGGAAUGUGUAUACAUACAUACGUCAUCAUUUCAGUGAGCCGCUGAUAUGUGUCUUCAGUUGUUAUUUGCAUAGUUACUGCCGCGAGUGCGGUUCACAACGCUCUUCUCCGCGUUCUCUUUGGCAUUGUCGUUUGUCGAACCAGCCCACAUGGCAGACGCUCGUUUGGCAAGUUCAAUUUCCGUUGCUUGAUAAUGUGCGUGCGUUUUCCAGCACGGGAUGCAGUGAGAAGGUGGAUGGUGCUGCCUUGAGUAAAAAUUGUGAAGACUCGCUGGCCGCACUAAAAUCGCUGCAAGAUAUUAUGUAUGUCAAUGCGGACAAAUUGGCGUCACUUACUAACGAGGAAAGAGCGGAAACAAAGAUGAGGAGUUUGCAGGAUUGCAUAGAAUAUUUGGCUAAAUAUCGGCAUUGAAAGCACAAAUAUCACAACGAAAAACAACCACGCCAAAGAGGAGUUUUAUGU